AUGGCUUCUUUAGACUACAUUUUCCAGUUAGAUGUCCCGUUCAUCACUACCAGACAGGCCACCAUUGCUUUAAACACCUUGUCGCCAGAUCCGAUCUUGAAACCAAAUGAGAUUACGGUUGAAUACAGCACGAAAGACACGCAGCUAUCAAUUGUGUUCAAGGGUCUCAGCGAUAGGGUUAUCCGAGUCGCCAUCAGUAACGUGAUUGAGAACUUGAAGACCAUCGUGGAAUGCAUGGAGGAGUUCGACAACUAAGCCGUAUUACCAGUGAACAUGGCUCUAAAAUACUUGAAGAGCACGGGGAUACCAGCAGAGUGGUUAGUUUCACCAAGUUAUACCAGUUUUCGAUGCUGUGGCAGACGACUUAAUGUUAGGGACACCAGGACGAAAGCAUCGUUCCAAUCUGUCGAGCCUACUCGGAGUUAUGUAAAUACAUGAUCUUUCUUUGCAUCAAAUACAUGAAAUUUUGAUUUAUGGAACCAAG